AUCACAGGCCCUGUUCUCUGGUCAGUGGAGUUAGUUCCUCACAUGAAGAUGGUCCGGUGAGGUACCAGGAAGAGGGGUUUCACCGAGAAUUCUGAAAAGACGAACAAAAUGAAGAUUUGGAGCACGGAGCAUGUUUUCAGUUACCCGUGGGAGACGGUGAUCAAGGCUGCAAUGAGAAAGUACCCCAACCCCAUGAACCCUAACGUGGUCGGCGUGGACGUGCUGGACCGCAGCCUGGACGCCCAGGGACGCCUGCACAGCCACAGACUCCUCAGCACAGAGUGGGGCCUGCCGAGCAUCGUACGAGCGAUACUGGGAACCAACCACACACAAACCUACGUGAAGGAGCACUCCAUAGUCGACCCAGACGAGAAAAAGAUGGAGCUGUGCUCAACAAAUAUUACUCUGACCAACCUCAUAUCAGUGGACGAGAGGCUUCUUUACAGGCCCCACCCAGACAACCCUGAGGUUACCGUCCUGACCCAGGAGGCCAUCAUCACAGUCAAGGGAGUCAGUCUAAGCAGUUACCUGGAGGGGAUGAUGGCCAGGAGAAUGUCGGCCAACGCCAGGAAGGGUUGGGAUGCUAUUGAGUGGAUUAUUCAGAACUCUGAAACAGAGAACAUGCCUCUCUGACAUUUACUUACUCUGGGCUGCAGCUCCACUGUGAUGACCACUCUCCCUGGCUGCAGCUCCUGAACCACCGGGGAUCCUCAGCAUCUUGGGAUCCUCUGCAGUUGGUGCUCAGACUGUCUGGAGCUCCCCCUCCCGCACACAAACACACACACACACACACACGCCUCCUCUCACCUCUAGAGAACAUGCACUGGAAGCUCCGACAGACAACCGCUGCCAAAGCUCUACAGUUAUGAGGAAGUGUCAUAGAUUCAACGGUUGUGGUUGGACUCACUAACCCAUUAACAGUCGGUCUAAUUAAAGCGAGUGAGGAACCCAUGACAGUUUCUCUCUGUGUUUAACACUCUCCUGGUGAGUGACCACAGGGUUUAAAAGUCUUGUGUGUUGCUGUGAACGUUUUAUCUUCCACGAGGAAAUACAUCAACUUCACCAGCAACUUGGCUGGUUAGAAUAUUUUACUACUAAAGCAUGUUUACUUCGCUCUAAUGUCCUGGCUUCGAUUAGAAAGAUUAGGGUGCAAUAGGGAGACGCAGAAGGUACAAUACUAAAUAAUAUGCAACUAGCUUCAUCAUUUCAUUUACACGAUAUAUAUAUUUUUUCUCAACCACAAGAGACUCCUAUACUAGGAGUUCAAACCAGAGACUUGUUACUGGUGCUUAUUGUGUGUUUCAAGAGGCACAAACUGUAGACAAAAUGUUUGCAUGAUAGUUACAGUAUAAAAACAAGGGAAGGGAAGUUAUGGGUAGUUUGGUUGCCAGGCAGCUAGCUGUGAUUGCAGGAAAUGUUAUUCUUUAUAUGAGAAAAAAGAUUUUUUUUUUUUUUAAAAGAUGGGAAUGUACCUUUGACAUGGCCUUGUUUUCCUGCUGUGGAGGCACCAACACACAGGCACACACACACAUACCCCGUUUCCACCAAGGCAGUUACUCAGAGUCAGUGCUUAAUCUUGAACCAGUGUUUUGACAACUUAAGAACCGGCUCUCGAGCAGAACUACUGAUUCCACUCUGGCACCGACCCUUUCCUUGUCCAGAAGAAAGAACCGCUUGUGACAGGGGGUUAUCACACCUUACAAGACCAGUACGACCAACCACAACAACCAUUCCAAACCAGCCCAGCAGCAUCAGCAGGUUCACCUUGGUGGAAAAGGGGUAACAGGCAACCAGCAGAUUUGUAAUUGGGUAAAUGCAGAAGAUGGAGAUGACAUACAGAUUGUUCUUUCAGGAUCAGUGUAGCCAAAUGAUGGAUUAACUCACUCUGUGUGUUUUUUACCUGUUUACAAGGCCUUAAAUCGCAGCCUUUCUGUAAUUGCCUGUGCAGCAGCAGUAUAAUGUCUUUCCCAGUCUGACUCACCUCCAUAAACCUGCUACCUGUUUGUCCCUGAGGAGCAGGGCAGUACUGUAUGUGCAACGCUGCAGCAGAUGCAGAUGCACACCAUGACUACUUAAUGUAUGUGCUAUAUGGUUUUACUUGUUUAAAAGUAAAAUCAUAUUUGCAUAACAUUUGUAAAAAAUACUAUUUAUUUGAUAACGCUGCCUAACAAGCAGUGAACGUUUGUAUUUUCUGUCAUGUUAAAAAAAUAGUUUGAAGCUCUUGUCCUGCUGCAACAAAUAAAACCAUUGUUUGAGAACA